GGUGAGCUCAAGGCCCGUUAUUUGCACUUCGGAGGCCCUGCAGGCAGUGAUGUUGCUCGUACACGAACUUUGGUUACAAAAUCUGGAUGGAAUACAAUGGAUCGACUCGGCCCAGUAUGGAUGUACCCCGACCGGUGCUGACUGCGAUCCGCUUAGAUGCCCUUCGUCAAGAAGCAAAAAUCCGACGCCUACUUCUCUCGGUACCAAGUCAAGUACCGCAGGAGGCGGGAGGGCAAGACCGACUACUACGCCCGCAAGCGGUUGAUCACCCAGGCGAAGAACAAGUACAAUGCCCCGAAGUACCGCCUUGUCGUUCGCUUCACCAACAAGGACAUCAUCGUCCAGGUCGUCUAUGCGCGCCUCCAGGGUGACUUCGUCCUCACCCAGGCGCACUCUCGGGAGCUCCCUCGCUACGGCAUCAACCACGGUCUGACUAACUGGACUGCCGCCUACGCUACUGGUCUCCUUGCUGCCCGCCGUGCGCUCACCAAGCUCGGCCUUGCGGACAAAUACGCUGGUGUUGAAGAGCCCGAUGGCACACUCACCAUGACUGAGGCCCUCGAUGAUGAGGACGCACCCCGUCCCUUCAAGGCCUACCUUGAUGUUGGUCUAAAGCGUACUUCGACCGGUUCCCGAGUGUUCGGUGCGCUCAAGGGUGCCAGCGACGGUGGUAUCUACAUCCCCCACAACGAAAAGCGCCUGCCCGGAUACGACGUGGAAUCCAAGGAACUCGACGCAGAGGUGCUCAAGAAGUAUAUCUACGGCGGCCACGUUGCGGAGUACAUGGAGAGCUUGGAGGAGGAAGAUGACGAACGCUUCAAGAAGCAGUUCUCGACCUACCUCGCCGAUGGCGUCGGAUCCGAGGAUAUUGAGGAGAUCUACACCAACGCCUACGCCGCGAUUAGGGAGGAUCCCACCUUCAAGCCCACCGAAAAGACGAAGGACUGGGCGGCGGAGAGCAAGAAAUACAGGACUCCCCGCUCUACCUACGCGGAGCGCAAGGCUCGCGUCCAGGCCAAGAUCGAAGCCUUCCAGGCGAAUGGCGGCGAGGCCAUCGAAGAGGAUGAGGAGGACGACGACGAGUAGAUAUUUUCGGUUUCGGAUUGUACACUGCGCAUAUCCCUGCCAUGCUUAUGCAUAUGCACGCUAUGUUAUUACUCGCGCAACACGCCAUGCGAUGACACGCAAAC